UAAUUACACACAAGCUCGAUAUUCGUGCUCACUCUCCCCGCCAGCCAGCCAGCAAGCCAAGGCGGCCAUCCGUCGUCAGUGAGCCACCCAUCCCCUCGCUAUUGUUCCUCUCAAGAUGUGUCGCUCGCGUGGAGGCGGCGGAGGAGGAGUUACCGAAGCGAUGGAGCGAGGUUUGCUGCUGCUGCGCUCUCUUGCGAACCGCGUUACUCCCGCUCCAACAACUUCAUCAUCAGCAGCAGCAGCAGCAACAUCAUCAGCAGCAGCAACAUCAGCAUCAGCAGCGUGGCGUUCCACGUCUCCUCGCGGCAUGCUGCUGCUGUUGCUGGCGUGGGCGGUCGUGGCCGAUGCGGGUGCCACGUCGUACCCGACCAUCAGCACGACGUCGGGGAAGCUGCGCGGGGUGCGAAUCGUGCUCAACAACGAGAUCCUGGGCCCCGUGGACCAGUUCCUGGGGGUGCCCUACGCCGCGGCACCCGUGGCGGAGCGGCGCUUCCAGCCGCCCGAGCCGCCCAAGCCGUGGCAGGGAGUGCGCAACGCGACGCUCUUCGCUCCCGUGUGCCCGCAAAUCAUUCGCAGCGACCACCCGGAGGUGAUGCUGCCCGUGUGGUUUACGGCCAACAUGGACGUGGUGAUGCCCUACCUGGAGGAGCAGAACGAGGACUGCCUCUACAUGAACAUCUACGUGCCCACGGAGGACGUCAAACGAAUAUCCAAGGAAUGCGCAAGAAAGCCGGGCAAGAAAAUAUGUAGGAAAGGAGGUAGGUGA